AUGGUGGCAAUGAAGGCGUCGCCUUCCGGCGCGAAGCUAAGCCAAGAUGUCCAGGUGGGCUUGCAGAAGGCGCGCGAGACGCACCUCGCAGAGUACGACGCGAAUGUGGAGGUCCACUGCUGCACGGCCUGCGGCUGCUUCGCGAAGGAAGUCAUGAAGGACCUCGCCAAGCCGUGCAGCGGCAUCCUCAAGCAGUCCGGGACCAAGAAAGUGGCGCGGAUCAGGAGGGCGACGCAGCCUGGCAGCUCAGCGUGGGCGCAGGCCUACACGCGGCCGAGACCCAAGACGCUGGCGAACAAGAAGCUGGAGCUUCGAUGGCUUCAAGGACGGCAUCUUCGAGCUUGA